AUGUAAGUUCAUCUCCUGAUCAUUGCAAGAACCAUAAUCCACUUCCCUGAUCAUGACUUAUCCACAGAGGAUGGAGAAGGAAAGGAGCAAGAUAACGGAGAGAAUAUUAAACCUCACACUGGAUAUCAUUUACCUGCUGAGUGGAGAGAAUUAUAUAGCUUUCAAGUUAACCGAUGGCUUGCUGGCUUCCAACUUGAUGAAGACUCAAAGUCCUGUUAUAGAGCCUCCAUCUCACUCCCUAAGACAGAAGAACAAGAAAGUCAAAGAAGUCACCAGCGAGAUCAUUGAGCUGCUGACGGGAGAGGUUCCUAUAAGGUGUCAAGAUGUCACUGAACAUCAGCAGAUCCCUCGGGAGGAUCAGGUAGAUGAAGCUGAAGAUCUUAGUGAUAACAUGAAUCAAGAAGAUCCUAUCACCUCUCAGGAUUUCAAGGGUGAAGACUUGAUUAUUAAAGCUGAACCUGUAGAUGAAGAAGAGAUUUAUGUGAGUGGACUUGAGCCAUGUAAGGAGGAGGAAAUCCCUGUCGCGAUCAGCAAAGGUGGACGAUAUGACAGAAAUAAGACAAGGAACCGUCUAAUUAGUUCUUCAGAUGGUGAAAUAGAAGAGUAUGGCAUUGCAGUAGAUUCCCCAGGAAUGGGUGAACGAUUGAACACCAUGAAACUUGAUCCGAAAGCUCACGUCGCUAGACACGAAAAGGUCCACAUGGACGUGAAGCCGUACUCAUGUUCCGUUUGUGGGAGGUGCUAUGCUCACAAAUCCCACCUGACCAGCCACUUGAGAUCCCACACGGAUGAUAAAUGGCACUCGUGCCCCGACUGUGGGAUAUGUUUUGGACAUAAAGUAUCUCUGGUCAGGCAUCAGAGAAUCCACACCAACGAGAAGACAUUCUCUUGUACGGAGUGUGGAAGAUCCUUCACCCAGAAAUCCCACCUGGUUGACCAUUUUAGAAUCCACACAGGGGAAAAGCCAUACUUGUGCUUGCAGUGUGGGAAGCGAUUUACCGUCAAGAGAGGUCUGGUUAGCCACGAGAAAAUCCACAGUGGUAAAAAGCGGUUUUCAUGUCCGGAAUGUGGGAAGUAUUUCACCCGGAAAUCCUAUCUCGUCAACCAUCGGAGGGUCCACCAACGUGAGCUGCUCGUAUGA